AUGGCAUUACCUUCCCCACAAUCGACUUCUCAAGUUCCUGAAACUGAAAAAGAUUUUGAUCUGUUGAAGUGUUCGAAGAUCGAAAAUGGGAAGAAAGAGGCAGAGAUCCAUUUAGUAGGGUAUCGGUUUGAUCCAUCCGAAGAUCAGAUUGUUGUGUUCUAUCUGUUCAACAAGAUUUUGGGCCGGGAACUUCCUAUCAACGACAUUAUAAAAGAGAUUUCUGUUUAUGACCAUGAUCCGGAUGAGCUCCCCAAUGGUGAUUUCAAACAUGGUCUUGACUGCAAUGAGGCCUUUUACUUCGCAUAUACAGAACAGGUUUACAGCAGUAGAGGGAAGAUAACUAGAAGGACGACAAAGAGUGGUUACUGGGACUUAGAUGGCGAGGAAGAAGAGGUUAAAUACCGCAAUGGCGACAUAACCGUUGGGUUUGAAAAAGUUAUGGUCUUCCACAAGGGGACUGCACCAAAUGGAAUCGAAACUGAUUUUAUCAUGCAUGAGUACAGGGUUAAUCCUCUUAUAGUCCCUACUCAUGUCCUCAAUGAUAGCAUAAGGGCAAAGAUUGAGAGGUAUGUGGUGUGCAGAAUUAUACACGAAGGAGUUUCAAAUUUUCCACGUACAAACUUCCACCAGGAUGGACUGCUAGGCCUGUUGAAGAAGCAGAACCAAAUUGAUAUGACAGAAAUAGCCUAG